AUGGUUUACAUCGAUGACAUCUUGAUCUACUCUAAGAACGUGGAGGAGCACCAUAACGACGUAUGUGAGGUCCUAGGGGCACUUCGUUCCCAACAGCUCUACCUUAACCUCUCUAAGUGUGAGUUCCACCGUGAGGAGGUGAAGUUUCUGGGCUACGUCAUCAGUGCACGGAGAAUACAGAUGGAUGAAGGGAAGGUGAAAGCAGUAAAGAACUGGCCCGUCCUGGAGACGACUAAGGAACUCCAACGCUUCUUGGGCUUCGCAAACUUCUAUCGUCGGUUCAUCCAGGGUUACAGCCAGAUCACCGCUCCCCUCACUUCUCUCCUCAGGGGUAAGGUACGGACCCUGAAGUGGACCAAAGAGGCCCAGGGGGCAUUCAAUGAGCUCCGCCAGCGCUUUUGCUCCGUCCCCGUGUUACGUCAUCCAGACCCCCAGAGGCCCUUUGUGGUUGAGGUAGACGCCUUCUCGACGUGGGUGGGGGCCACUCUGUCCCAGUGGUCAGGUACCCCACCACAGCUCCACCCGUGCGCCUUCUUCUCACACAAGCUCUCAGAGGCGGAGUAG